AUGGCCGAAGAAAGGAAUACAAUAAAGAUAAAAAUAAAAAGCAUAAACAAUGAAGAAUAUGAACUAAAUGUAAAAGAUGAUAUGAAUAUAGAAGAAUUAAAAAGUAUAAUUGCUGAAAAGAGAAAUGUUAAUAUAAACGAUAUAAGAUUAAUAUAUCAAGGACAAUGUUUAUUAAAUGAAAAAAAAUUAUAUGAUUAUAAUAUACAGAAUGAUCAUAUAAUACAUUUAGUUGUUAGAAAAAAGGAUAAUAAUACAAACAAUAAUAAUAAUAAUAGUAAUAAUAAUGCAGAACAUGUUAAUGAUAAUAUGAGCAAUAAUAGGACUUAUGAACAUGUGAAUGAACCAUUAAAUUUUAAUUUUAUACCUAAUAUGAAUCAGUCAAAUAGUGGAAACCAAGCAAGUAAUAAUAAUAUACCAAACAGUUCAUCUAUACCAUUUUAUUUUACGCAUAUGAGAUUAUCAAGAAAUGAUAAUAUGGAAAAUGAUUUGAUGGGACAAAAUAAUAUAUGCUCAUUAUUAAACGAUAUAAUGAGUCAAGUUAAUAUAAACCCAAAUUUUAUUUAUGGAGCAGCAGCUGCUGCAGCUACUAGUGCAGCAAAUGCACAUGAAAAUAUAUUUACUAAUAUGAUGAACCAGAAUAUGACAGAUAUGAAUAUGAAUGCUAAUCAGAGAAGGGAAAACACCGGAGAAAAAAAUAAUACAACAACUAAUAAUAAUAAUAAUAGUGCUUAUAAUAAUAAUAAUAAUCAUAAUAAUAGUGGCCAUAAUAAUAUUAAUGAAGAAGAAAAGAACCAACAUAAAAAAAAUACAGAAACAUCACUAAACAAAGACAGUCGUGGAAGUAGUAAUAGUACAUCCAAUUUUAUUCCAAACGGAAAGAAAGAUAAUAAACAAAGAAAUGUAAAAGAAGAAGAAAUUAUAGAAGAAGAAAAAUCUACCAAUCAACGAGAUUAUUAUAAAGAUAACAAAAACGAUACAAAAAUUUAUGAUGAAGAACAAGAUGAUAAACACAAAGAUAAUUUCCAUAAUAAGAACUCUGUUGACAUCCAUAGAAACAAAUAUGAGAGAGAUGAUACAAAAUAUGAGAGUGAUGAAAAAAAAUAUAAAAGUGAUGAGAAAAAAUUAGAAAAUUAUGAUGAAAAAGAAGAUUUAGAAAAAAAACAAAAAAGAAAAAAUAAGAUUAAUGAUAAAAAAAUAUAUCAAAAAAAUGAAAUACGUGCAAAACAUGAAUACAAUUCGAAUAAUUCUGGAAGUAGUUCAGAUGGGAAAAAAUCAAAUAGUUCAUAUUCAGCUUUGUAUACUAGUAAUAAUGAAGAGGAAGGUGAAGAUGAUGAUGAAGAAGAUGAGGAUGAAGAUGAGGAAGAAGAUGUAGAAAAUGAACAAAAUAAAAAAUAUAAUGAUCUGAAAAAAAAAAACAAAACAAAAAUCACAAAUAAACAUAAAAAGAAAAAAUAUUAUGAUUCCAAUAGUAGCAUAUCUCCUAAUGAAGAUGCUUAUGUUGAAAGAAUUAGAAGAGAUGAUAGAUUCAGAAAUGAAUAUGAUAACUUGUUAGAUCCAAAUUUUCAUUAUCCAUAUAUGUAUAAUAUGAACCCAAUGAAUCAUGUAAAUAAUAUGAAUAUGGUAGGUCCAUAUCAAGCACCACAUAAAUUCGUUCAUAGUAAUAAUUUCAGCAAAUAUACGUAUCCAUUCAUAGGAGCUCCUACAAUAAUAAAAGACUUGAAGAAUGAAAGGAAUAAAAAGAAGAAAAGUAAACAUAUUUAUCAAAGAGAUGACGUCAGCGAAAUAUGUGAUAAUGGGAAAGAUAUUAAAUUAGAGUGUUAUUUAAAAAGUAAAGAGAUGAAAAAAAAGAAAAAAGAUGAAAAAAAAAGCAAAGAGAAAAAUGAAAACAAAAAAAAAGAUAAUAUCAAAGAUAAUAUGAAAAAUAAAAAAUAUAGAGAACAAUAUAUGAAAAAUAUAUACAAUAACAAUACAGUUGAUCUUAAUAAUAGUAAUAAUAUAUAUAAUCCAAAUAUAGCUACAUCAAAAAAUAUUGUGGACAUGUCGAAUUUAAUAAAAAAUUCGAAUGAAUGUUAUUCUGGAGGUAUAGAGGAUAGCUAUUUUUCAAAAAAUAAUUAUGCUAAUAUUGUACCAUUUAAUGAUAUAGAAAGAAAUAAUCAAUUGAUUAGAAACGAUUCAUUAAGAAGAAAUUCAAGAAUUGUUUUUAAUGAUGAAAAUAUAGAAGAUGGAGAAUAUUUAUCAUCAGAAAACUCAGUGUCUGCAAAUAUGAGAUCUAUACAAAUGACUAGUAAUAAUAGAAGAAAUAGUGCUAUAAGAAGAAGUCAUAUGAAAUGUUUAAAUGAUAUUAAUGAUUCUGAAUAUAACAAUGUUGAAAUAAAUAUUCCUUGGAGAGUUAUAGAACAGUUAUUAUUAUUAUUAGAAGAAGAAACAGGAUAUAGAAGACCAGAUUUAUCAUCAUAUAUACAUUCUUAUUAUAAUUCUAAUUCUAUAUAUGUAUUUUUCUAUUUAUUUGUGCAUAUUAAUAAUAUAAUUAAUAGUAUUAUAAUACAAUUUAAUCAUGCAAAUAUACUUAAUAAUGAUAUAACCAUGGCAUCUUUUUCGAGAAUUAGUUUAAUUUUAUCAUUAGCAUCCGUUGUAUUUUCUAGAUUAUCAAAUUUUUUUUAUGUUUUUUAUGAUAAUUUCUAUUAUCAAAAUUUUACGAAUUCAUAUAAUAGAUAUCCAGGAUCUAUAAAUCAUGAAUUCUUGAGACAAAUAAGAAAUUUGUAUUUUUCUAAUAACAAUAAUAAUCGUAUGCAUAAUAAUAUGAAUACUAAUUUUUAUAGUUAUAAUAAUGAUCCUAUAUAUAGAAAUAAUAAUAUGCAUGGUAUGAAUCAACCUAUUAAUAAUAAUAAUAAUAAUAAUUAUUAUUAUUAUCCUAAUCGAUUUUUUAGAAAUAGCACAUAUCAUAAUAGUACUAGUAAUAUGAAUAUAAAUGCUGAUAUGUAUGGUAGUACAAAUAAUGUUAAUAAUAAUGUGAAUCGCAAUAAUUAUUAUCCUCUACCAUAUGAUAUGAGAAAUAGUGCGAACCGUACCAACUUACAACAAGAAUUUGAAGAUUAUUAUAAAAACUUUUUACCGUAUGUUUCUGAUAAUAAAAAUAUGAUCCUUAGAAGAGAUUAUUCAGUAAGUCACAAAGAAGGAGGAAAUAAUUAUCAUAUGAAUGGAAAAGAAGAUAAUUAUAGAAGUAGUAGAGCUCACAAAUUAUCAAAUCAUGAUAAUUAUAUGGAAAGAUAUAAAACACGAGGUAAACAAAGUAUGCAUGAUAACAUCAAUGAAAAUGAUCAUAACAAUGAAUAUAAUAAUAAUAAUGAUAAUAAUAAUGAUUAUAUUAAUAAUAAUAACCCUUUUGUGCAGUUAGAUAAACAAGGAGGAAAACAUUUAUCGCAUAAAAGCCAUAAAAAAACAAAUGAUGAUAAAGACAAAAAAAAAAAAAAUCAUUAUAAAAAAAAAAUUUCAAAUGAAAAUAAUUUAUUUAAAGAUACUACUUCUUAUAAAAGUAAAAGUCCGAGCGAUAGUUUUAGUGAUGCAACAAGUAGUCAUCAAGAAAAACAAGAAAAAAAGAAUAAUCUGCUUAAUGAAAAUGCAUCAAAUAAAUUAAACGAAAGUACAGGUAAUGAUGCAGAUCAUAUACAAAAUGAAGAUAAUAAAAUGUCUAGUCAAAAUAAAGAAAUAAUUAAUGAUAAUAAAAAUGAUACGAAUGGUGAAGAGAAAGGAAAUGUAAAUGAUGAUUUUGUAAAUGAUAAUUUCAUUUAUUAUGAUAGUAAUAUAGAUGAUAUAUAUGACAAAUCUGAUGAAGAAAAAGAAAGACAAUUACAAAAAGGACAAAAUAACAAAGGUUAUGUAGUAGAACCCGACGAUGAUGAUGAUGAUAAUAAUAAUGAUAAUAAUAUUAAUAGUUAUGAAGAAAGACAAAAUACACCUAUUAAUGCAAGCUUAAAUAUAGUAAAUAAUAUUAUAAAUAAUCAAUAUGAUCAUGUAAAUAUUAUUGAAAAUCAAAGUGACAUAUCACAACCCCCUAUGCCAAAUAUUAAUUUUUCAAGCCUUUUGAAUAGUGUACAAAACCAUAUGGCUAAUAAUGACAUUAAUGAGGAGCAGCCAAAUGAUAAGUUUGAAGGAGUUCCCGAUGAAGUAAAAGAGAGAUACACAAACUGGGUUGAGAAUUCUCACAUUUUUUCGGGACAGAUGAUAAAAAUUUGUAGGAACAAGAGGCCAUUGAGCAAUGCAUACGUUGGAAGUAUUGCUUCAAAGGAUAAUAUAUCGUAUAGUAAUUUCUUACCCUUUUUAUGGAAAAAAAAUAUGAGUUCAUUAAAUGUAGAAUAUGAUUUGGAAAUAACUGAUGAAUUAUUAAAUGCCUUUGAUUUUCACGUACUUGAAUUUAUAAAAAAAUCUAUUAAGAAUAAUGAAGAUUAUAAAAGUGAGAAAUUUAAAUAUCCAAAUCUUUCUCUUUGUGAAGAAUUAUUUGAAGAAAUGGAACAAAAUAAGGACAACUGA